ACGUGGAAAUACAUGAAAUAUGGUUUUCCUGGUUGGAUUCUGAUGUCUCUUCAGUUUGACGCCUUCUUAACUCAUAAGGCAUCAGUCCUUCAAAAGGUGUUUGCAUCAUAGUUGAUGUAUUGCUGGGUUAUCCUUCUACUCCAUUCCGGUAUCUUGUUAAAACCGACGUAUUUCGCUUGAGAUCGGAUUCGAAGUGAAAAAGCCCCAUCAUCCUUUGCGCUAGUUACCUGACAUCAAACGGAACGAGCUGAGACCGAGAAUUGAGUUUUGACACACUUGACUUGGUCAUGGAAAUAAACGUGGUAUCACAGCAAAAACAGAAAAGGGAGGCUGGUGAUGCCUUUCAACCAUCCCUUACAAUUAGCACAAGUGGCGAGACCUACAACCUCGGCAAGGAACCAGAAGAGACAUGCCAACUCGUACAGCAACUCAAACAGACCAUUUCCAAGGAUGGGUAUGCCAUUGCUGAGCAGGCUGAUUUGAGUGUGCGCGCCUCCCUUUCACUGAGGCUUGCCACCUUUACACUCAUAGCGAGUAACAAGUGUGAUGCAACACGCCUCAAUGAGAUAUUCGACUUAGCCAUGAGGUUUGGAAAAUGCAUGGAUGAUUCCAAACUUGCAGUAAUAGAGUACGACUCUGCUUGUAAAGAUGUGUUGGAGUGCAGUACCAUCGGGUUCCUUUACGCAGUAGAGGGGCGAAAGAAGAGGGCGCUGGCCAAGUUCACAGCCUCCCGGAAGAAGGCAGACGAGAUGAAAGAUGCAUUCCGACGAGUUAAAGAGGAGAUCAGUGAUUUGUCCACGGAAGUAAAAGCUAUGAGGACAAGAAAUGUUGAUAGCGGUGAUGGUGCAAGCAAAGAGGUAGAGGCGAGCGAGAAGAUAGUCAGGGGUCUGACCAGCAAUAUCAAGGCAAAGGAGAAACAUGUUGCUGAUUUGAACACCACCAUCGAAAGUUUGAGACGGAAGUGGUUCCCCGGCAAUGAACCCCAGACGCGCAUGGAAGAAAUGGCUAAUAUCCAGCAGGACUUGCUUAAUCUUCAAUUUAGCAAGAUCUCGGCUCAGUCAGAGGUGGACAAAGCCAGUGCCUUCGAUCAGGGCAUUUGCUGUACAGUGGAUGCAUUCAAGAAGAUUGAGGCUAGCCUACAGCGCCAAGUUUCGUUCUGGCAGGCGAUCGGCACACGAUACAACACGAUAGUUGAGAAGCUGAUUGACCACACCAGUGAUGAGGAUGAUUUUGAGGAGUUGCUUUCCUCACAAGCCUUCAAGUACGAGGCCUUGGUCACCCAUUCCUGGUUUGUGGCAAUGAGGCAGCGGUUAAAACCAACCAUUCGUCUGAUGGGUGAAUGUGUGAAUAGAUUCUACAACGUGGUCACAGAUCAUCCCAACCUCGACGAUGCCAAGGCCCAGCUCGAGCAAAUGAUCGAAGAUGAAAAGCGAGACAUCAGCCAACUCCUGGAUGAGAUGAGGAGGAUUGAAAGUGCACCCACUCUAGAUCCACAACCGGCUGUUGAGAAACCCAAUAUGACUCGCCGUAGGAAAGCCUCGAAGGAGCUGAGGGAUCAACCUCCAAAAUCGCCGUCAGAUCCUAAUCCGGGGAGCACCACUACCUGGGGGCACCUCAUCCUGCGGAUUGCCCUAAUUGCCCUGGUUUGCUUUGCUGUGUUGCUGCUGAUCGGCAGUUCAAACACACCGGUGACGAAGUGAACAACGUCACCUCAUUACAAGAAAUUAUAUUUAUCUUAUUUGUUAAAAUCAGCAGAUUUAUGCAUUAAGAAAACCUUUAGUCAUUUCACGGACCUAAAUUAACUUAUAAGUGAUCAUGAAUGGUGGUCGUGGGUCAUAUUAUCUACAUGUAUGAUUGUCACGGAGUGUGUGAUUAUGAUGAUCUGUUUUGUAAAACCAUCUUUGAAGACUUUAUAGAAAGUGGUUGAUAUACUUGAAAACAAGAAUACAUCCACCUGGAACAAACACUUGCGCUGCCCUGUUUGGAAUACCUUUUUGUCUUAAGGACAGGGGAGCUAUAGCAAUAGCGCGUCGUCCAUCGUCCGUUAAACAAUGGUGGCACUUUCUUAACCGCUGGAUCUAGAAACUUUAAGCUUAGUGUGUGGGUCUCUUGGGGCAACAGUAACUUGUAUAUCGAAAUUUGGCGCAAUUUGAUUAUUUUUCUGGCAUAUAGGGGGCGCUUUGUGAAAACCUACUUUUGGCCAUAACUUCUGAACGCGGCUAGCUAAUAAGACGAAACUAUUAUCGUGGGUUCAUCUGGUGAUAGUGCAUAUUGAUGUACUUUUCAAGGUGACAGAGGUCAAAGUUGGAAAAUACAAAAAAUGUGGCACGUUUUGUCAUUGUUUUACAUAGCAACUUCAAAACCUGGAAAAAUGUAUGACAGGAAGACCUCCGGGGCACAAAAUUUCAGCCCGUUCCAACUUCAGAUAUGGCCACCAGGGGGCCUGACCCAAAACGGAUCCAAGUGCUAUAACUCAAAAGCAAUUUGACCUAGGGUGUUCAUAUUUGAUACAUAACCUCAAUAUGACCUCCAAGCGCAUGCCAAAUUUUGGCACGGUCAGUUUUCAAAUUUGACGUGUGUCAACAUCAUGGACAACAUGUCCUUGCCCCAAUACCCCAGUGGUUGCCGUGUCUGCCUAACCCUAACCCUAACCCAGCUAAGCCUACUUUUCAAGGUCACAAAAUAGCGUUUGUUGGCUGAUGUCUACAGGUAAGCACAACGGCCCUGACCGCUUCAUUUGAAGAAGUCAUUCUGAACGGUUUGAUUUACUUGAAGACAGUGUCGCAUCCAACCAGAAUACACCUGCCCCGUACGGAUAUAUCAUCUUCGAACACGUCAUUCAGAAACCAGAGGUCACGCAAACCUGUCCUUUAUGGGAAUACCGUAUUCAAAGGCCAAAUUAGGUACCCUAAUUCAAAAGGAUUUGGUUUACUUAAAGACAUAGCAUGCAUGAUGGGCUUGUUUCAUCUAGGGACACUUUUUGAACGGCCACAUUUUUUGUCCCUUAUUCACCAAAAAGGCAUUUCUCAUUACUGAUAGCAUGCAAUAUCAGGCCAAAGAACUGUUAUACAAUGUGGGCAUGUUCAAGUGAAUCUCCCUUUCGCGGUCGCCUCUAAAGGAAGACAACCGUUCAACGUUGUUCUUGGCCGUUACAACGAAACCCAGGUUGAAUACGAAACUACGGUUGAAGAUAACCAGUCAAUACCACACAGGGUAGUUCUUCAUUAUCCCACACUGCGCGCAAUGGAUACUAGUUUCACGUUUAGCUACCAGGUGGGGCAGCCUGAUUUUGUUUCCUAAUUUGGUCUUAGUUUUAUAGUCCUAUGGGUCUUAGUUUUCUAUUGGGUCUUACUUUUAUAGAGUCUUAGGUCUUAAGUAUUAGGUUUAUAGACACCCUAAAGAAUGCGAAGGAAGAUAGAUGUAUUUUGUGUGUCGAGUGAAAAUAAUAAAAAGGAACUAUA